CUGGUGUGUCUGCUGGUUUCUUGUGCGGAGUAAGACUAGGUGUUAGGGGAAGUGUUUGAGAGUGUGGUAGAAACACGCCUAGAUAUUUUUUUAUUUAUUAAAACGUUACUAACAUUUAGGAAUGGCAGAGGGAGACAACAAAAGUGCUAACCUUCUGGCCCAGGAGACAGCCCAGCUGGAGGAGCAACUGCAAAGCUGGGGGGAGGUGAUCCUUGCUGGGGAUCAGGUCCUGCGAUGGGUGAAGCCCUGGUUCCCUGCUGCCAUGAUGGGAGCAGUCUCUGUGAUCUUCCUGAUGAUUUACUAUCUGGACCCAUCUGUUCUGACUGGGGUUUCUUGCGCUGUCAUGUUCCUCUGCCUGGCUGACUACCUUGUACCCACUCUCGCACCCAGGAUCUUCGGCUCCAACAAAUGGACCACGGAGCAGCAGCAACGUUUCCACGAGAUCUGUGGGAACCUGGUGAAGACGCAGCGCAGGGUUGUGGGCUGGUGGAGACGUCUCUUCACCCUGAAGGAAGAGAAACCCAAAGUGUACUUCAUGACUGUGAUCAGCGCUCUGUCAGUGAUGGCCUGGAUCGGACAGCAGGUCCACAACCUCUUCCUUAUGUACCUGAUCGUGAGCUUCCUGCUGCUGCUGCCUGGACUGAACCAGCAUGGGAUCAUCAGCAAGUAUGCUGGGAUGGCAAAGAGGGAGAUCAACAAACUGCUUAAACAGAAAGAGAAGAAGAAUGAGUAAUAGAGAGGACAGGAGAGACCCCCACCCCACAACCCCAACCCCCUUCAGUUCAAGGUGGUUGUGCUUGGAUGAAACAUCCUCCAAUCAGAAACCCUUUCACUGGGCAGGUGGUGUGUAAACCGCACAUUUUGAGUUUGUUGUGCCCGCCGCGGUUUCACUACAUAAUGAGCUUUUUGAAAAUGCAGACAGAGCCCUCUGUUGUCAGAUACCACUCACACAAUUUCAUACUUUUUUUUUUUCCCCCCCGUUAAAGUUCAUUAGUGAUCACGUUGUACAAUUCUGUGCCCCCCCCCCCCCCCCCCCCCCCCCCCCCCCCCCACACACACGCACACACACGCACACAAAAAAGGGACUGUCAAUUCCCAGCUGUAAUGCACCAUUGUCUUCAACAAAAAUAUGUAAAUGAACAAAGCCAGGCUUGUAUUCCUGCUAUGCACAGAUAGAUCCUUUCCAGAAAGUGUGCUUGUGCCCAGCUGUUUAAAAGCACUGUAUUUACAUAGCUGGGUUCUGAGGUGCACCAACAGUCCCAGUCUCUAAUGUGGUUUGUGUAGAUUUCUGUAUUUAAAUUUUUUUUUUCUAAAUGUUGCACUGAAACUGUUGAAGGAAACUGGACAAGUACAAAGGUAAUCCUCUGUUACUCCUGAAUGAACAGUGUUUAACUCUACUGCUGUAUUUUACUGAACACUGUUCGACUGCUAACCUAUCUCAGAUUCCUCUCUGACCUGAUCUGCAUGACAUUCUCAUUACCCCUAGAAUCCCCUUCUCUGUUUUGAGUGCUUGUUUUUCUGAUUUUGUAAAUGUCUGUCCUGUACCCCUCUGGUAUUAUGUUUUGUAUAUGUAUGUUGUAGAUGGACAAUAGUCUUCAGUUCUGUCUUACAUUUUUUUUUUUUUUUUUUCUAGCUUCUUGCUGAAGAAAUAAAAUAUUGUAAAGAAUUGAAA